AUGCAUACAGAUCAUAUAUAUAUAUAUGUAUAUAUGUAUAUGUACUCGUUUUUAUUGUCCGUUUGCGCUUACGCUUAUGUUUGUUUAUAUUUGGGAGUGGUCGUCUUUCGGCUCUUGCAGUGA